AUGGGAGAUAAGCUGAUUUGGAAGCAGACUGAAUCCAGCUUCAUUCAACAUUACUACCAGUUAUUUGAUAAAGAUAGAGCCCAAAUAGGUACAAUUUACACUGAUGCGUCAGGCCUUACGUGGGAAGGACAGCAAUUCCAGGGGAAAGCUGCCAUUGUGGAGAAGUUGUCUAGCCUUCUGUUCCAGAAAAUCCAGUACAACAUCAAGGCACAGGACCAUUAGCCCACACUAGAUAGCUGCAUCAUCAGCAUGGUUGUGGGUGAGCUUAAGAUAGAUGAAGACCCCAUCAUCGGGUUCCACCAGACAUUCCUAUUAAAGAAUAUCAGUGAAGCCUGGGUUUGCACCCAUGACAUGUUCAGGCUUGCCCUGCUCAACUUUGGCUGA